ACACCUCAGCCUCCCCCCGACUGCUUCCCCAGGGAUCACAGCAGGGACUGGAACUAAGGUGCAGGCCUCUAGUCUCCUCCCACACCACAAAAAAGUAGAGGAAGAGGAAAGAACUUCACUCUCCUGUCUCCAAGCACUGGGGAGAGCUGCUGCUGCUCAGUUCCUGCUCUGCCUUGGGGCUGGAGCUCAAUUCUUGCAUUAGUCCCAGGGCACCCUGGGGAAACACUCAGUUCCCACUCCCUCACUGAUACACAAGCAUGACCCUCCUGGGUUCAGGGCUCCUGGGGACAGGAUUUGUUCACUCACCAGCCUAAGUAGCUAGGAUUGCAUGUGCCUAUAGGAUUUCCAGGUGGAUUGGGAGGACGUGGUCAGUCGGGACCAACGGGCAAUGGUGGGAAAAGAAGAUGCAGGUCCAGACAUUCCAUGUGCCUUUCCUGUUUGAGAAGCGAGACUCUGUGUCGAGAGAGCCCUCUCCCGUCUUCCCUGCAGCUCUCCCACUGCACAUCCUCCCCUAGCCCCCUUUCCAGCCUGUGGCUUCCAGUCCUUGCAUCCAUGCCUGUUAUUUCAGGACACCAGCCCCUUCCUUCAUGCUGUCACUCUGGGCUGACCAGACCGCACAUCUCCUUGGCAGCGUUCCAGUUUGCUCGUGUAUCUAGGCUUGGUUGUGUGUCUGCUCCAGGACAAGGGUCUCGGUGUGUGGUCCCGUAACCUCCUUGUUUGCAGUUGGCAGAAAUCCUGUAAAAGCCUGCAGGUCUUUUUGCUUUCAUAGGUUAGUGGGAAGAGACAGUCUAGUGUAGCCAUUAAGCAGGGAGGGUGAGCGCUUUCUCAUUGUCCUCUAGGACACAUACCAGCCUGGCUUCCGUGCAAGCUGCUUUCCUUCAGGGGACAGGUAAUGCCCCAUCGUUGUUCUGCCUAUACCCCUUUGACAGUGGCAAGGACAACCCAUAGCUGUCAUUACAUCUCGUGGUACCUGAGCAGGCACAGAUGCUCUUGCAUUUAGUGGGCUGGUUUCAUACACAGGCUGGGGCCUAGGUGAGGUGUCUCAAGCUCACUGUGUGGGUUUCAGAGUGGAAAAGCUCACGUAGGAAGCCUGCUCUCCCUCCCUGUUCUGUGGCAUGUGGAUGGCAAAGGGGGUUGAAAGAGCAGCAGGUUUGAGAUGCAUCUCCUCACGCAUUCUCACAGGGCCAUUGAAGCCUGGUGCUUGGCCCUGAGAGGCCAGAGCCCCUGCCCCUGCCUAAGGAGAAGAGGCAGGAUCACUGCUGGCAGGCUUCCUCCUGUACCUUCUGCAGUAGCCACGCUAACAACAAACCAGACCUAUGCUAUGGCACUCAGCUCUGCCAUAGCAGAGAUUUCAUGUGGAGGCUGGCAGUGGGUGGGAGCAGGCUGAGAGGGACUGCUGGGAAGCCUGCUCCCUUCUCUGUUGGAGAGACACUCUCCACAGGGACCCACUUCCCUCCCAUGGCCUCCCAGGCAAUAGGAUACAGCUGCUAAGAGAAGUGUGAGCCCCACAGGCCAGUGCCAGUCCAUCCAUACUCCCCUCAGUCUCCCUCGGAAGCCAGUGCAGCCUGGAGAAGGGAUGAAAGAGUAUCCUCCUGAGCUGUAACAGUGCUCCAAUGCGGGGAAUACAUACUAUAUUCUCUGCAGCUGCUAGGUCAGGCCACUGGACUGAUCGCAAUUUAACUCCUUGUUCCCUCCCACAGGCCUCCUCUCUACUAGGACAGGUGCCUUCUUCAGGCAGGAAGGGAUCCCAGUUGGGCAGGGAGCUAUGCUCAGAGUGGGCAAGUGACCAGCUUCCUUUGGUCAGCUGAGGGCUGUCAUUUGUUCCUUGGCAACUGGACUGGAAUAGUGGGAGGAGGAAGGUGCUCUAAGCAGGUACUGUCUUGUACUGCUCUGAGGUGGCCUGGAGUUAGCAGGACAGAGAAAGGCCAUCCGUCUGUCAGCAGUGGGGUGUCCAUGCUAGGGACGGGGAGGGGAGGCACCAGUUUGCUAAAUGGAAGUAAUUGAAUAAGUUGCUCUCAGCUGCGUGCUGCUUGGGAUGCGGUUGCAGACCAAACUCUGCCCAAGCGCAAGGGCAGUCUCCGAGCUCCAGGGAAGUGACCCAAGCACAUUCAAAGGCGGUAAGGAAGGGACCCUGAAAGGAGAUGGCGUGGCGUGGCCGUUCGGAAAGGGACAACUACAAGAGAUAGACAGAUCCUUGUGGCUCCCCAUGACUAGGGGACUCUCUGGGGAAAGGCUCUCAAGCUGCUUGCUGGCUCUGAGGCCCAUGUUCAGUUCUGGAGAGACUCUCUAGCCCAGCAGAGCCAGCUGAGAGAAGUAAGCCUGAGUCACUGCAAAGCCUCAUCUUUCACUGAGAAUAGCCCUCGCCAUGGAAAGGAAGGGCAAUUCUUUGUAUGAUAAUCAAGCAAACCUGAAUGGCCGGCCCCUGGACCCAGCCCUCUCUAGAACGUUAGGAGCCCCAGAAGUCCAGGUAGCUAUGGCACAUCGUUAUAAAAACACAAAGAUUGAUCCCAAACAGUCCCCAUCGCUCUCGUGUGCUCCCUAAGGUGCUGGCACAUUUCAUCUUGGGGACAUUAAAAAUUUAAGCUGCACUAACCAAAAGGUGCAAAGACCUAGUUCCUCAGGCUCCAGACACUGUAGUCCUUAGCUGUAGCCAUCCCAGCGCUUUGAGGCACGUUUCCACAGGCGUUGUUUUCCUGGUCACGUUCCCAUUCCUUUGUCCCAAGAUGUGUCUGUCCCAUAGACUUGGGCUGCAUCUGGGUCUUCCCCUAGCCAGCCUAAAACACAUUCUCUACUGCUUGCUGCUUUUUGGUCUCCCAUCUCUAGUUACAAACACCUCGGGGGCUGUAGCUGCACCCACGCCCUGGCCUCUGACUGCUCCCAGGCCUUUGCCUCUGUAAUCCAGUGACCUCUGUUCUCAGCUUCUGGUUCCUCUAGCCAACCAUGCUCUUGGUCCUCUAUUCAUACUCCUGAGUUUCUUCUCCCUCUGCUCUAAUGAGCUCUGGUCUCCACUGUCUCUUGUCUUCACUUCUAGUCACCAAUAGUUCUUUCUGUCGAACACACUGUUAUUAGUUGCUUUUUUAACUCUUCCUGCAAAUCCACAAGAGCAAAAUUAAUACCGUAACUGUUGGAGAAGCUGAGCAAAAUCCAACUGUUCUUGACUGGAAAGCUUGGGGCUCUCCCUCCAUAGUGAACAUGAUACCAUGUAAAGUGGAGGUACCUUCAGAUGUCUCAUUUGGCUCAGCUGGAAUCUUGUUGGCAGUUCUUCCUGUCUCCUGUUUAGAGAGAGCUCUGUGAACUCCUCUUGCAGGUAAGACAGCUUUUCCGGGUCACUGCUAGGGAGCCAUUAGUGAGAAUAUUUACUUGGAAAUUCAAUCCUGGCUCAUGCUCCCCUCUAAUUGAGUGAAGAGUUUCUUUGAAGUGAAGAAGUUAAUUUAGUGUCUGAAUGGGGGAGGGGAAAGGAGGGCCUUGGCAAAGAGGCUUCAGGUAAGAAGUUUCUUUAUUUCACACCUGCUGGAGACAAGUGGGUGAUCAGAGACUCUGUCUGCAGUUUUCCUCCUAUAUGGACACACCUGGGAAAGUCCAGACCAGCUCUGGUUUCACUGGAUUUGUCUGGGUCAGCAGAGACCCCUCCCUGACCACCACAGUAAUUUAAUUGGAACCUGUCAUUAGUUUUUGGUGAGGGAAAGAGAGCAGGGCGAGGACCAGUCUCCACUUUGUUCCUGGACAUACUUGGAUUAACAGAGACCGCUCAAAUCCACCAGUACACCUGAACUCACCUGUCCAAGACUCAGCCAUUUCUGCAGAUCUCUGAAUCACUCCGUGCAGGUGCAGCAGUUCUGCUCGUGUCCCUAGUGGAGGAUGUUCAGCUCAGAAUAUGUGGUGUCCUCACUCCCAGCUGCAUCUCACUUCUACAGCCCUGCUUUCUCGGCUCAGCUCGCAUCCACUCCUGUUUGCAACCUCUUCCUCCCAGCUCCCCUUUUCAGCUACCAGCUCUUCCAGCCCUGGAGCCCUCCGGAGCCAUGCAUACAAGCACUGCUGCUGGCAAGCCAAGGCGCAGGUUUGGGGGAGCAGGGAGACUUCUCAGAGGAAGCUCGCCCGCAGAAGCAGAGACGCACCCGAGCCAAUUACAGCAGCUGGCAGCUGGAGGAACUGGAAUCAGCCUUUGAGACCACACACUACCCUGACGUCUUCAUGAGGGAGGCCCUAGCCCUCCGGCUAGACCUGAUAGAGGCCAGGGUUCAGGUUUGGUUCCAGAACCGCAGAGCGAAGCUGAGGAGACAAUUGAAACUUCAGAGACGAGCUCUGGACCGAGCCCUCACUAGGGACUCAUCUGCCUCAGGACACAAGAAGCCCCAAGCCUUCCAGGAAAUGGAAGGUUCAAGUAAGAACUCUAGAGUUGGAACACUGAAAGGAGGCCCAGAUCAGUGGCCAAGCACUGGCCCCGAAGGUCAGCCUCCUCCUGGACCUCCCCUACACAGUGGAGCUGAGGCCACCGCGGGGGACAAGGCCAGAGGAAAUUUGCUCCUGCAGCACCCCCAGCUUGUGGGUCAAGGCACAAGAGCAUGAGGCUGAAAGUGCCCCCCACACACACCUUGCAGCUCAGGAGCAGCCUGACUCAGAACCAGACCCAGCAGGCCUCUGGGCACACACAAAUAGUGCCUGAAACUGAUCCUGACAUCAGUCCCCCUUCCCGUACCUCUCCAGCCUCGGCCUUGGACCUUCGCUCCCAAAUGAACACUGCAACCAUUUCUUUAGGGAAUGGAGCAGAGAACAUCAGGGGCAUUAUAGGGGCUUCCCAAGCCUAUCGAGGGCCAUUGCCCAGCCUUAUCCAUCUCUGAGCACCGUUCGUGCCUCCCUAUUUGGUAGCUGUUGCCUGAACUUCUUUUCUCUGAUUGGCAUCUGCAUUACACUUCUCAGCACCUGCACUCAACUGGGACAACAGCCUGUGCAGAGACUCUGGGUCUAAAAUACCCUGGUUAGAAUCCUUCCAUAUUUGAGCAGGGACAGAGCCAUCCGCUGCUCCAGGGUUAUUUAUCAGGAUCCCUUCACUAGAACACAUGCAUUCGCGCAUUGUUAGCAGGGGGAUGUCGCCUCUCUACUCUGGGUUGUCUUCUUCAGAUUAGACUAUUUUUGUCAGAGGCUCUGAUCCAGUGAGCCUGUGUUUGGUAGGGUUGCCAGUUUUGAUUGGACGUAUUCUUGGAGGUUUCAUCACAUUACAUAAUCUUUAAUUAAAG